GUUGGCUGCGCUCUCCUCCUCCUCCUCCUCGGCACCGGACAGACACGGGGAGCGCACCGUGAACGCAUGAAGGAUGGAUGAACUUUAAAUCUGCCUCACAACUUUCACCGCCUCUCACUCUCUCUUUCUCUCCCUUGCCGUCCGUCUCUUCCUCUGUCUCUUCCUCUCCCCCGCUGCUCUCUGCUCUCAGAAGCGGGAAAAACCGGAGGAAGACCUCGACAAUGGAUUUACUGCAAUCACGAUCCCAUUGUGAAUGAUCAGUUCUUUGCUCUUUCCUUCUUUGUGGAUGCUCGUUAGCGUCUUGAGUCGAGAUGAUGGCAUCAAUAGGGGAAUUCGACCCUCUCAACACCAGAGUCCCUGCAACUAAAAUAGAAGUUACCGUGUCGUGCAGGAGUCUUCUGGAUGUGGACACAUUCUCCAAGUCAGAUCCUGUGGUUGUCCUAUAUUUGCAGGCUGUGGGAACCAAAGAGUGGAGGGAGUUUGGCAGGACAGAGGUAAUCGAUAACACUCGGAAUCCAGAUUUCGUCAGGAAGUUUGUCCUGGAUUUCUUCUUUGAAGAGAAACAAAACCUGAGGUUUGAUGUGUACAAUGUGGACUCCAGAAGCUGUAACAUUUCCAAACAUAAGGAUUUUCUGGGCCAGACCUUCUGUACCCUUGGAGAAAUCAUCGGCUCCACAGGAGGACGGCUGGAGAGGACCCUCUCUGGGAUUCCAGGGAAGAAGUGUGGAGUCAUUAUCUUAACUGCAGAGGAGCUCAGUAACUGCAGGGAUAUUGCCACUAUGCAGUUAUGUGCCAACAAGUUGGAUAAGAAAGACUUUUUUGGCAAGUCAGACCCCUUCCUGGUUUUCUACCGCAGUAACGAAGAUGGAACGUUCACCAUCUGCCAUAAGACAGAGGUGAUCAAGAACACACUGAACCCGGUGUGGCAGCCCUUCACCAUCCCUGUUAGAGCUCUCUGCAAUGGAGACUAUGACAGGACUGUGAAGGUAGACGUGUAUGACUGGGAUCGAGAUGGAAGCCAUGACUUCAUUGGCGAGUUCACCACCAGCUACAGAGAGCUGUCUCGGGGGCAGAACCAAUUCAAUGUCUAUGAGGUUUUAAAUCCCAAGAAGAAAGGCAAAAAGAAGAAAUACAUUAAUUCUGGAACUGUAACUCUGCUGUCCUUCAAAGUGGAGUCCGAGUAUACCUUUGUGGAUUUCAUCCGAGGAGGAACUCAGCUGAACUUCACAGUGGCUAUAGACUUCACAGCAUCAAAUGGUAACCCGUCUCAGCCCACCUCACUCCACUAUAUGAGUCCCUACCAGAUGAAUGCAUAUGCCAUGGCCCUGAAAGCAGUGGGUGAGAUUAUCCAGGACUACGACAGCGACAAGCUCUUUCCUGCCUAUGGCUUCGGAGCUAAGCUGCCCCCUGACGGCAAAAUCUCCCAUGCAUUCCCACUGAGUGGUGACAAUGAUAAUCCAAACUGUGUGGGGAUAGAAGGAGUUUUGGAGGCCUAUUUCCAAAGCCUGAGGACGGUGCAGCUGUAUGGACCCACCAAUUUUGCACCCGUUAUCAACAAAGUGGCAAACUGUGCAGCAGAGAUUACAGAUGGCUCUCAGUACUUUGUCCUGUUGAUGAUCACAGAUGGAGUGAUAUCUGACAUGGUCCAGACCAAAGAGGCAGUGGUUAAUGCAGCAUCACUCCCGCUGUCCAUAAUCAUCGUAGGUGUUGGGCCUGCUGAGUUUGAUGCUAUGGAGGAGCUCGAUGGGGAUGAGGUGAGAGUAUCCUCCAGAGGACGUCUUGCUGAGAGAGACAUUGUUCAGUUUGUUCCAUUCAGAGACUACAUCGACAGAUCUGGCAACCAGGUCCUCAGCAUGGCCCGGCUGGCCAAAGACGUCCUUGCCGAGAUCCCUGACCAGCUGCUGUCUUUUAUGAAAGGCCGAGGAAUUGAACCGCGACCGGCCCUUUCCUCCUCGCCAUUGCCGGGGCUUCACCAGCAUAUCUGACGCCCCAACACAGCCGCGGCCACUCAUCUCUGACGCUCCCACCCCGACUCUCUCUCUUUCUUCCCUCCCCUCUGCUUAUCUACACUCACUUCCCGUACAAUUAUUUGAGACUUUAAAGGAGAAGGGGGACCAACCCGUGACUUGCCCUCUUCCUCUCUUAUCACUGAUGAAGCUAAACAGGCACAUAAGACCGACGCAGUGGGCGCUCAGCCCUGACUCACCCACUGUGUUUCCUCAUCUUUUCCUCUCUAACUCACCAUGUUAUAUAGCAUCACCUCCCAUUUACUGUAUGAAAGGCCAGUGAGACUGAACCGUGACCGUCCCUUUCCUCCUCACUGAUUAUCAUUCAGAGCCUCACUUUUCUUGCACAAAAAAAGUUUUUACCUGUUUUCUUGUCCUCAGCAGUGUUAACACUUCACUCUCAUUUGGCACAAGUCCGAGGAAGUGCAAGAGACAAUAUUUAACUGAGGCUAGUCCCUAAAUGAAAGCAGAGCCCUUGAUGAGCUUGAAUCAGGUGCUUUGGGGAAGUUUUUUGGCUACAUUCAUUGGAGUAAUUGGUCACCAUUAUCAUGAUACUCUCCUGUCAUCAUUCUCAUCAAGCUGUGCCCAAUCUCAUGAAAAUGACAAAGAGAGUGCCAAGCAAUUAGUUUAAUCCUAACCGAUGAAACAGAAAGGAGGAUUCAGGGAGACUCUUUGGGUUUCUCAUGUGGACGUCAUACAGAGGGUAGCAGACGAGUGUUGGCAGGUCUAGUGUGGAGGUUCCGGUCACAUGUUCAUUAUUACCAGUCACACACACACACACACACACACACACACACACACACACACAGACACCUCUGUCUGCCAUGCCACACCCACCCUCUCUUUGCCCAGCGUGGGCUGAGGCUGGGUGCAGAUUCCACCCCCCCGCUGUUAGAGAAAUGCCAGUCUCUCCGGCUGCCCUGCAGAGAGGUGGAGGAGGAGGAAGGAAGGAAGGAAGGAAUGAAAGAAGAGACAGGGAGGAGGGAAGAAGGUGGAGGUGGGAGUGUAUGGAAGAGAGACGAAGGUGUAAGAGAGUGAGGGAGAAAUGGAAAGACAAUAAGUCAAGCCUGAAAGACUGUGGAGGAAAGAGACAGAGAUGGACAAGGUCACAGGGAAGAGGAAAGCACCUACAGAUUAGUUUGAUGCCAGAGGGGGAAGAAAAUGGGAGAAAUAGACAGUGGCAGAUGAGAAUGAGUGUGAGAUAGCAACAGAGAGGAAGACAACAGGCGAGCGCCAUCUUCAGUUUAGUUUGAUGAGUCUUUGUAUGCAUAUUUUUAGGGAGAGAAAUAUCAAUGAAGGAUAAACGCACAUUCUCCAAAAAGCAAUAUACCUGAUUCCCAGUGUAAUGUUUGCCCUAUGCAUGUCCCUCCCUCUCCCCUGCCAUGACUUGACAUUUUAUUCUUAGGCAGACUGAAGCUGUGUACAAAGUGGGCAAAGUCUGCCAUCUAGUGUUCAUGCUUUUGUAGAGCAGGGUAUCUUAAUUAUGCAUGACUACUGUACAUUCUUAUAUUCACCCACACAGUACAGACGCAUGACGUGAUGCAACUGACCUAACAAUCAUAAUACAACAUGGUAAAUUCAAGCAUCCCAGCAGUUCAAAUAACAGAGAGAACCAUGUUGAUCGUAAGGAACUACACAUCUAUGUUCUUAUGAUGUGAAAUGUGUCACUUUUUGGAGACGUUUUGUUAAUGUCAGUGUGACGGUGGUGGCUUAGAGGGGUGUUUAUGCUGUUUAAUGUGAUGUGUAAGUGUAUUAAUUUUUUAAAAAUAAACUUGUACAAUAAUUAGUUUAAUUGUCAAAAUUUUGCAUGUUGGGGAAUAAGUGUGUUACAGUGUUCAAGUUGGUGUUGUCAUUGCAACCGAUUGUCCAAAAAAGAAAAAAAAGAGAGAUAGAAAUAUAUCUCAAAGUAAUAUGCAUCUUUCUUGUGUCACUGUACAUUUUCAUUUGUUGAUUUUAGAGCUCUCCCUUGUGUCUUGCAGAAGCCUGGUAUAUUCAGUAACUGAAGCUUGAGAAUUUCCCCAUUGAGAGACAUGUAUUUUUGAUAUUUUGCAAUGACGUGGCCUUUUCUCAAGGUCACAGAAUCCAGACAUGUAAGGUCUCUGCAAGACACCUGCAUAUUAGUAAGUAUUCCGAGGGCACGCCAGCCUGUUGUGUGAUUUUUGUACAAGAGCAUUUUUGUCUCUCUUAUCUUUGUCUUAUGGCUGUAUGAACAUGUGUAUAAUCAGCCCACUGAUCAUAGUAUCAUAUUUAAAAAGUGAAGAUGGAUAAAGUUUCUUUGUAUAUACAGUACAGUACAUGAUUUCCUUACCUUGCUUACAGUAGAGUUAUAAAAGCCUUUUAAAUUUGUGUCUCUAAUAAUAAAUCUAUAUUGUAUGUUUUUAUGAAUGUCCAGCUAAGAAGAAUGUAGAAGUUUGAACUAGAAACCCUUAACUGUUUUGACAAAUAUCGUAUUGUGUUUUGAUAUGAGGUUUGAUUACGUUUGUGUUUACUCAUAUCUCCUGAAGUUGAUGAACUGCAUUACAAUAUUACCAAACAUAAAGCAACACAAGCUCA